AUGUCCGCAUUGAUACCUUUAUCCCCAUACGUCCCCCCUCGAGCACGCGUCCUCUCGCCCUCCGAUCGAUAUCCCGGCGGUGCGCGGGGUAAUGCCCAUCACGGACCACUCCUACGAAAUUCCUUUGAUAAUGGAUAUAAUGCCCUCGGAGGCGGCGCCAUGAUAUCCAUCCCUGUAUUCGGCGCCCGGGCCGGACAUGGAGCACUUGCUCGUGGAGGUGGAGCUGGAAGGAAUUACAAUGAUAUGAACAUGAAUAUGAACAUGAACAUGGUACUCCCCCAUCAAAUACGAAGAGGAAGCCUCGACAUCUCCUAUCACAACAUCCCUCACGCACAUCCUCAUCCACUCAUGGAUCCGCGUCUCCGACACGCACCUCAAGUACAAGUUGUGGAUCCAAACGCCAUGUUUAGGGAUCCGUGGAUAGGAGCGAAUAUGGGUGGUUGUACGCAGGAACCAUAUACGUGUCCCUGUCACGAAUGCGAAGUUUUGCGUUUACCGCAACGCGCGCUGGUUGCGCCGAUGAAUGUUGGGUGUCAUCAUGAUAGUAGGGGACAUGGAGGUCAUGGACAUGGAAUGGAUUUGCAUAAUCAUUGUUGUUCGGGAGGAGGAGGAGGACACAAGGAGUCUUCAUCCUCUUCCUCGGGAUCUGGCGGGAAAGAGAAAUCGAGUUCGUCUGGAGGAGGGGGAGGGGGUGGAAGUGAAGGCUCCAACUCAAAAGAAUACGGUUUUCCUACCAAAGAUAUUGUCAUCAGAGGGAAAACCUACGCCUGUCGUAAAUCCUUCCUCGCGGAUCAAGGAAAAUUCGAAGAUUCCCUCGUCAAAAUGAUGGAAAAGAAAAAGGAAGAUGAAAUCCCCACCACCGUUCUCGAUUCCCUCUUCUCCUGCAUCAACGAAGAAAAAGUAUUAUCCUCCGCCUCAGCCCACGAUCUCGUCACCCUAAACGUACUCAGUAGUUCCUUGGGCAUCAAGAGCGUCAUGGAGAAAUCGCUCACCCAGCUUAAGAAACAAUGCUCGGAUAAUAUCGUAAGUGGCAGUACGCUCACGGGUAUCGUGGUCACGGUUAUGAUGAGUAGUAAGGUGGAUGAGGGACUGCGCGAUUGGUUGAAGAAAUACAUUAAGGGCUGGGGUUUGUGGGAGGAGUUGCAGGGUUUUGCGACGUAUAUUCGGUGUGUGGAGGAUCAUCCGGAGAUUCAUACGGGGUUGCUGGAGUUGUUGGGGUUGAGGAGGAAGGCGGAUGGGGAGGGGUAUAGGAUUAUUUAG